ACCAAACUUGUCAACAUGUUGUUCAGCUGCUUUCUUCUGCUAUUCGCACUUGAUUUCCUGUCUGCAGGACGAGUGCCGCAACCGGAAGAACGCAUUAUCGGAGGAAGUUCCAUUGAAAUCGAAGAGGCCCCCUGGCAGGUUUCCUUACAAUAUCAAGGACGCCAUUAUUGUGGCGGCUCCAUUUACAGCAGAGAUAUUAUAAUCACUGCUGCACAUUGCCGCUUCAUGCAAGGACGUCGACUUGAGGCCGAAGACUUCGAAAUUCGCGUAGGAUCCGCAUUAAGCGGUUCCGGCGGAAAACUUAUCAAAGUUGCAGCCAUUAAAUCCUGGGAGCCUUAUGUUAAUAAUUCAGCUACCGGCGACAUUGCUGUGAUGCGAUUAAGUGAACCGCUGGAGUUCAACAACAAAGUACAGACGAUUCCUUUGGCCGAGAAGAAUCCUGCUGCUGGAUCGCCCGCAUUCCUUUCUGGCUGGGGAGCCACGACAGAGCCCUAUUUUAUGAAUUAUAUGUAUCCUAGUGAUCUUCAGGGCAUACGGCUCCAGAUUUAUUUGCCGAUCUUCGCUGAAAAACUAUUUCCCUCACUUCAGAAUGUAGUUUACGCCGGAUCUUUUGGACAAACUUCUUGUUCUGGCGACUCCGGUGGUCCUCUGGUUGUUAACCAACAGCUUGUGGGUGUCGUCUCAGGAGGUCCGCAGUAUUGCGAUGGCUAUUCAGAAUUCGCCAGUGUCCCUUACUUCCGAGAUUGGAUUUUAAAUGCCAUUAAAUCUCUUUCAUAAAAUGUUCAAGAGUAUUCAAAAUAAAUACAAAUUCAUGGCCGGCUUCUGAAGCAAA